GUGAUAAUUAGAAGAAAAAUUAGCCCAAGUUUGGAAAUAUCAAGCCUCAUUAGCCAAAGUCUGAAUGCUCACAUUAAGAGAACACAUAAGUCUAUAAAAUAUUCAAUUCAUUGUCUCCAGUUUGAGAAGAAUGAUCAAUACCAGUUACCAAUUAAGGAAAUAUACUCACUUGCGCUUGAUGGAGCUAGUAAAGUCAAUCCUGACCAUGGUGGCGGUACGGAAAACAUUAAAUAGAUCAAUAAGAAGUUUUUAUUAUUAAUAGCUCAACAACACUGGUGGUUGGAUUUUCACACCAUUUUAUAGGUGAAGUUGUGAGGAAUGACAUGCAUAGUUUGGGUCUCGUACCAAGUAUGACCUCGGAUAGAGUUUAUUGAAGAGCAAGGAUCAAUAUAGCAAACCCCAGUUAGUUGAGAUUCCCCUGACUUGCUAAGUUGUGUCUCUUUCCUUUUACUUUGACAUUUCAUUUCUCUUCUUUCACUUUUCAUUUUUCAUUCUUCAUAUUUAAUUUGUCAUUCUUCAUUUUUCAUUUCUAAUCUCAUUCCUUACCCCUCUUUUCUCAUCUCUUCACCCCCCCUCUUUUCUGUUUAGAAUUCAGUUUUCUUUACUUUGUUUUGUUUGGAUCCAUGGAGUCGACCUCAUUAAGUUGGGAUAAGGCUGACUUUGUUGUUGUUAUUGUUUAGGUGGUUACCAGUCAUGGUAGCUAAAAACCGAAGCCUUCUUGUGUGAUUUUGAACUCCUAGGAAGUUAUUUGUAUACCUGUUGUUGCCAUAAAGGGUUACUCUCUUUUACUGGCCUCAUGGUAAAUGGUACUGGUGGGAGUUUUGGAUCAGAUCAUUACAUCUGAUGGAUGAAGUUAAGCAUAAUAUUAUACUACUAGAGAUAUUCACCAAAAGAAUGAAGGAAUAGUACCACUUAAAGAUAAACCCAAGGUUGCACAUGAUAUUGCUAUGAAGUGAUGCAAAUGGUGUACCAAACCCAAAUGGAGCUGCUUGUUUCUUAAAAAUCCCUGAUCUUUCAACCUCAGGAAAUCUAGAGUAUGGGUACAAGAGAUCAGUUAUUUUUCUUCUUUCAAGGUGGGAUGAUAUAAAUAAGUUCUUGUUUGCUGGGUAAGACCUUUGCCCUCCCCCCUCCAUCCCAGUUGUCACCAGUUUAAUAAAUUUCUGGUAGCCCCUAAGGCUGAAAAUACACAUUUGUGGUGGUAAUUGAUAUCAUAGACAUUUAGAUGUUUCUGACGAUACUCUUUCGGUUUCAUUGUGCCCUACAAAAACUAGGCACAGAAGCUUAUUUAGUAAUUUGGUUUGUUGGGCCUGCUUUUUCUGAACUUCUUGAUGGUAUCAGCUGUGCAGGAUGGUAGUAAAAUCAGAAGAUGGAAGGAAUCUGCGUUCCUUCAAGUUCAAGGAGGAAGCUGAAGGCCAAGAAGUCCGUGCCGUGGAAAGGAGGGUACUUUUGGAAACUCUUGCCAAUCGGUUGCCAUCAGGUUCAAUCUGUUUUUCUUCUAAGCUAGCAAAGAUUGAAAAAACUGGAACAGGUGAAACUCUGUUGGAACUUGUUGAUGGGACCCAAUUACUUGCAAAGGUUGUUAUUGGUUGUGAUGGUAUCCGAUCAACAAUAGCAAAAUGGAUGGGAUUCUCAGAGCCUCAUUAUGCUGGGCAUUGUGCCUUCCGUGGGCUUGGAUUCUACCCCAAUGGCCAGCCAUUUGAACCCAAUGUGAAUUAUGUCUACGGAAGGGGCUUGCGUGCUGGAUUCGUUCCAGUUUCACCCACAAAAGUUUAUUGGUUCAUCUGCUUCAACAGUCCAUCUCCAGGUCCUAGGAUCAACGACCCUUCUAUUUUGAAGAAGGAAGCUCGAGAGAUGAUCAAAGGCUGGCCUUCAGAGCUGUUAGAUGUCAUUGAUAUGAGCGCAGAGGACACCUUGAGUAGGACACCUCUCAUGGACCGGUGGUUAUGGCCAAUUGUGAGCCCGCCAGCAUCAGCUAAUGGAGUUGUGCUGGUGGGUGAUGCAUGGCAUCCAAUGACUCCCAAUCUUGGGCAAGGAGGUUGUUGUGCACUAGAGGAUGCUAUAGUUCUAUCAAGAAAACUUGCAGGUGCACUGAAAUCUGGACAUACAUCCGUGGAUGAUGCUUUAAGACUAUACACCACAGAGAGAUGGGGCCGUGUCUUUCCAUUAACAAUACGUGCUAACCUUGUUGGAGCACUUCUACAGUGGGAGAAUCCAGUAGUUUGUGAUAUCCGGAAUAGCAUAGUUGUGCCUAAGCUGGUUAGGUUGCGCCCAUUGUUGGAGCAUACAAAUUUCACCUUUGAGCCUUUGAACUAGACCAAUGAGAAUUUGAUUCCGGUUGAUGGAACAUGAUGCUGGGGAAGAUUUAAGAAAAAGGUCAUAGACAAGCUCAAUGCCACUCAACCAAAGCAAUUUCCUCUUUCAGACUGAGCUAUUUGUGAGUUGUUUCAUGUUAGGAGUAAAUAUAUGUUUGCAGUUUCUAAAGGAUAGGAACUUGUUUACUCUUUUAGGAUACUUUUUAAGAUGUAAAGUGGGAAACUUACUGUUCAUAUCAGAUGAUAGUAUAUUUGAAUUGAUAAAGAUAUAGUUACUUCUCUACUGAA